CCUCCUCCCCGCAGCCAGCGGACGCACCUAGGACGGCUUCCGCACCGCCGUCGCCAUGUCCCUCUCCCUGGGCACGGUGCUCUCCACCCUCGAGAAGGAGCAGGAGCCUCGAGGCGGACUAGAGGGACCCGCGGGGAAGGAUCCCGAGAAACCGACGGCGCUCCUUGACCCUUCUUCCUUGGGCGCGGCGUCGACGCUCGCGCUCGUGGAUGAGACGGAUGCGGGAGACGCACCGAAGGAAUGCUGGGGAGCGAGACACACACUAGGCUUCCUAGGGUUUCUAGGCUUCACAUCAGUCUACGCGAUGCGAGUCAACCUCUCCGUUGCCAUCGUUGCCAUGGUGAAAACGGAGGUUGACUACGGGAACACCACAUCUAAUAAAAGUGAUGAAGUUUGUCCGCUUCCUGAUGAUUACGACCCGGCUGCUAGUGCGAAUGAGGACGGUGAGUUCGAGUGGGACGAGCCAACACAAGGUCUUAUCCUCGGCUGCUUCUUCUAUGGUUACCUCCUGACGAACAUCGUGGGCGGGCGGGCGGCCGAAUACCUAGGCGGCAAGAUAGUCUAUGGUCUCGGUGGCAUGAUCACGGCUCUCCUGACGAUCGUCUCGCCCCUCUGCGCCAGGGUGUCCACCGGGCUGUUCAUCGCCGUGAGGAUCCUCGAGGGAAUGGCGGAGGGCGUGACCUUCCCGGCGAUGAACUCCCUUCUCCCCUUUUGGGUCCCGCCUCACGAGAGAGCAAAGUUCACAGCGUUUGUUUAUUCAGGCAAGUACUUUGGCACUGUGGUGACCAUGCCCCUGAGUGGCUGGCUCUGCGACAGCGGCUUCCUCGGGGGGUGGCCGUCCGUGUUUUACGUGUUCGGAGUGCUUGGAGUCCUUUGGGGCGUCGCGUGGUUUUUGCUUGUGAAUGAUCACCCAUCGAAGCACCCGAGGAUAUCUCAGGCGGAGAAAAACUACAUUACAAGGCAUUGUGGCGUAAGAGGGAAGAAGCCCACACCUAUCCCAUGGAAGGCUAUUCUGACGUCAGUCCCCGUGUGGGCUAUCAUUGCCAUACACUUCGGCCAAAACUGGGGCUUCUAUACACUCUUGACUGAGCUGCCAACUUAUCUGAAGAACAUUCAACAUUUCGACAUGAAAAGUAACGGGAUAAUAUCUUCACUUCCUUAUUUAUCAAUGUGGAUCUUCAGCAUCAUUUUUAGCUCUCUUAUGGAUAAACUUCUCGCCUCUGGCAAGGUGGCCACUAUCACAGUGAGGAGGAUGGCCAUGAUCAUAGGCGUCUACUGCCCGACGGUGGGUCUCAUAGCCAUGUGCUUCGUGAACUGUGACGCCCUGCUGGCCAUCGUUGUGCUGUGCGUCUCCGUAGGCCUGAACGGCGCCGUCUACGCGGGCUACAUGUGCUCCCACCAGGACUUGGCCCCCAACCUGGCCGGCUCCCUGAUGGGCCUCACCAACACGGUGGCCACCAUACCGGGCUUCGCUGCGCCUCAGCUCACGGGCGUCAUCACCAAAGGCAAUNAAACUCUCGGGGCGUGGAGAACCGUGUUCCUCAUCUCCUCCGCAAUAUACUUCGUUACCUGCACAAUCUACCUGUUUCUCAUCACAGCGGAGACGCAGCCAUGGAACGAGAUAAAGGUGGAUGACGAAGAAGUUGAUGGUCCAAAGAAGAAAAGAUACUGAAGAUGCAGAUAACUUUGAGAAAUUGCAACAGUGCAACCCGUGUAAAAUGACUCAUCAGAAACACAGCCAUAUUGCAUAAAAUCUUGAAUUUAUCAUCAAACAUAUUCAUUUAUUUUUUCUGUUCUUUGUUUUCGUAUUUAUUCUUCUGAUUUUACUAUUUCUUGGUAUUUAUCAAUUACUUUGUAAUAACAUU